AUGUCGGGUUGGGGUGACUUUUUUAAUGUGUUUGAUAACGAGGCGAAUCAGGGGAGUUAUGAUAACAAUGAAGAUAAGAAAGCGGGCGUGUUUGAUCUGAAUGCUCCGUUCGAUCCCAUUCUUGCGUCUGAUGUAGGUCAGGAUACUUGGGGUUUGGAUGCCUUUCAGCCUAAUUAUGCUGGUUAUUAUCCAUCGCAACACCCGGUUAAUUUUGAAGCCCCUCCUGUUAGUGUUGGACCGCCGACUGAUAGUUCUCAUUCUCCUCCCAUAAGUGGUGGACCGCCCGAGGGUCCAAAUGCUAACCAAGAACCUAGGUUGCUCAACGGGUCGUGUUCGCGGAAAUUCGCUAGCAUGGAUGAAUUGGUAGAGUGGUGUAGAGACGUCGGACGCGAAAAUGGCUACGCCCUCGUCACCAAACGCACUAUCUACGAUAAACCCCCAAGCGGUCAGCCGUUAAAAAUUUGGCUUACGUGCGAUUGUGCCGGCGAGUACAAAUCAACAGCCACGAUCAGACGCAGCGGGACCAGGAAAAUCGGUUGCAAGUUCCAACUGAUUGGAACAUACAGAAAGAGGUUAGGUUAUUGGGAUCUAAGGGUUGAGGAAGCUAAACAUAACCACGAACCAUCUCUGUAUCCAGAGGCUCAUCCGUCCCUAAUGAGGCUGACUCCAUCGGAAGAGAGGACGGUGGAGCAAAUGAUGCAUCAGAACAUAAAACCACGAGACAUUCUUGCUGCCAUUAAAGAACAGAACCCCCAUAAUGUCUCAACAAGAAACACCAUAUACAACGCUCGAGCCAAAUUGGGUCAAAUGGAACAAGUCGGCGAGACUCCAAUGCAGAUACUUUACGACCGGUUGGAGAAGAUUGGGUUUGUUUUUUACCAUAGAACAUCUCAAAACGGCGAACGGGUCGAGGAUGUUUUCUUCAUCCACCCGGAGUCGAACAUGUUGUGGCACGCCUUCCCGCAUGUGUUGCUUAUAGACUCGACCUACAAGACGAAUUGGUACAAGAUGCCGUUAGUCCAGAUUAUCGGUGUUACAUCCACGUUGAUGUCGUUUUCCAUUGCUCAUGCGUUCGUAAGCAACGAGAAACAGGAAAACUUCACAUGGGUUCUACAGAGGUUGAAACACUCAUUAGACAGUGUUAUGGAACCCCGUGUAAUAGUAACGGAUAGAGAUCGUGCCCUAAUGAACGCAUGUGCAACCGUGUUUCCCAGGGCUAGACAUUCAUUGUGUAGGUGGCACAUACAGCAAAACAUCUUCAAACAUUGCAGGCAAAGCUUUAAAACAGAAGAAAGUUGGGAAAGGUUUCUUUACAAGUGGCGCAAGCUAAUUAACUCAACGACCGAUCUUGACUACAACUACUGGUAUAUGAGCGAAUACGAUCAAAGUUGCCAAGUAAAGAAACCGACGAGAUUAUGGACUAUUUGGAUUCAAUCUGGUUACAACCAUAUAGAGACCGGUUUGUUUCGUUCUGGAACGACCAACAUCUGA